CCACUGGCUGAAAAAGGGCAGGCCGAAGCACUUGACUCUGCGUCUGCCCCAGUUCCUUACCAUUCCUAAUUCGAGGCGACCCCGCCACCUGUUCCCGGCAGCCAAUGGGUGCGAGAGGGGCGGCCGGGGCGGGGCGAGGCUACAAAAGGAGGCGGGCGCGCACCCAGACACCCCGCUGCGGGCGCUCUCCGGCCGGGACUGCGGACGCGCGCGGACCUUUCGGCUCGUGGACCAGGCGGGCGAGGCGCGAUGCUGCGGGUGCGGUGUCUGCGCGGCGGGAGCCGCGGCGCCGAGGCGGUGCACUACAUCGGGUCUCAGCUUGGAAGAACCUUAACAGGAUGGGUGCAGCGAACUUUCCAGAGCACCCAGGCAGCUACAGCUUCCUCCCGGAAUUCCUGUGCAGCUGACGACAAGGCCACUGAUCCUCUGCCCAAGGACUGCCCGGUCUCCUCUUACAACGAAUGGGACCCCUUAGAGGAAGUGAUAGUGGGCAGAGCAGAAAACGCCUGUGUUCCACCAUUCACUGCGGAGGUGAAGGCCAACACCUAUGAAAAGUACUGGCCAUUUUACCAGAAGCAUGGAGGCCAUUAUUUUCCCAAAGAUCAUUUGAAAAAGGCUGUCGCUGAAAUUGAAGAAAUGUGCAAUAUUUUAAAAAUGGAAGGAGUGACAGUGAGGAGGCCUGACCUCAUUGACUGGUCGUUUAAGUAUAAAACUCCUGAUUUUGAGUCUACGGGUUUAUAUGGUGCAAUGCCUCGAGAUAUCCUGACAGUUGUGGGAAAUGAGAUUAUCGAGGCUCCCAUGGCAUGGCGCGCUCGAUUCUUUGAGUAUCGUGCAUACCGAACAAUUAUCAAAGACUACUUCCGCCGUGGCGCCAAGUGGACAACGGCUCCUAAGCCUACAAUGGCUGAUGAGCUUUAUGACCAGGAUUACCCCAUUCACUCUGUAGAAGACAGACACAAACUGGCUGCUCAGGGAAAAUUUGUGACGACAGAAUUUGAGCCAUGCUUUGAUGCUGCUGACUUCAUUCGAGCCGGAAGAGAUAUUUUUGUACAGAGAAGCCAGGUUACCAACUACAUGGGCAUUGAAUGGAUGCGCAGGCAUCUUGCUCCAGACUACAGAGUGCAUAUCAUCUCCUUUAAAGACCCCAAUCCAAUGCACAUUGAUGCUACUUUCAAUAUCAUUGGACCUGGUCUUGUGCUUUCCAACCCGGACCGACCCUGUCAACAGAUUGAUCUCUUCAAGAAAGCAGGAUGGACCAUAGUUACUCCUCCAAAACCAGUCAUCCCAGAUGAUCACCCACUCUGGAUGUCAUCCAAAUGGCUUUCCAUGAAUGUGUUAAUGCUAGACGAAAAGCGUGUUAUGGUGGAUGCCAAUGAAGUCCCAAUUCAAAAGAUGUUCGAAAAGCUGGGAAUCAGUACCGUUAAAGUUAACAUUCGUAACGCCAAUUCCCUGGGAGGAGGCUUCCACUGCUGGACCUGUGAUGUCCGGCGCCGAGGCACCCUGCAGUCCUACUUUGACUGACCACGCCUGCUGGGGCUUAUGGCUUGGCCUCAAAUAAACCUAGGAAGCAUAGGGACAAGGUUCACUCUCCUGCUUUAAAAAAUGCAUGAACUGUAGUGCUUUAAACAAUCAUAUCCUUCACAGGGGUCUUAAGCCUGGUUUAUUUUUAUUCCUUUUCUUUGUUAUAAGGAAAAUAACUUGUGCUAGGUCUUAUUCUCUACUUCUAAAUUUAUUUGCUAUAUGGUUUCAAGCAUAAAAAUUUGGUGAAUGUGUACCAAGACAGAAAUUAAUCCUUUAAGUAACUUGUCCACUAAUAUUUAAUCAUCUACCUCUGUUUUUAAUUUUCUUUCCAACAGGCAGCUUGGACUGUUGGUCCUAAUCUUCAUUCUUUAUUUCUUCUUCUUUUUUUUUUUUUUUUUACUUUUUGCUAUACUUGUAAAUGUUUGCAUCACUUCUUUUUUUUUUCUGAAUGAAAGAUUUAGAACACUCACAAAUCUUAACCAGAUAAUUAUCUCUUUUUCUAAUAAUGAAUUUUGGUAAUUUAAAAUUUUCUGUUUUAAAAAAUAACCUAGACUAUGCAAACAUUUAAGUGAAUUUUCCAUGAAUGUUUUUAAUACUCUCAUCUCAACAGUGUUGAUAUUUGCUACUAAAACCUUUUCAUAUAACUUACCUCAUUUCAAGUGAUUUAUUUUAAUCUCUUUUUUAUCUAUGUCUAAAAUUUUACAGAAAUAUUUAGUGCAAUAGGAUUUAACUAUCAGUUCCCAUCUCUAAAUCUUGAUAUUCAGUAUCGAAUGAAUACAUUGCAUCUUUGGUAAUCUAAGAUUUGUUUACACAUGAGCAAAUUAUGUAAAGUGCAGGCUUUAAAAGCAUUAAAAAACUAAUGGAGGUAAAACCUACGUGUGAUGUGAAAUAAUUUUAAUGUUGAAUACUGUAUGUGUAUUUUUAUUCUAAUAAAGUUUUGUGUUACAGAAUGAA